AUGGAGCAGAGAGCCAUCAGAGGUCUGGACGCGUUGAAUGUCACAUCCCGCGACCCAUGGCUUACUCAACUCUUGCUUAAUAAAUUAGACGAAGAAACGCGGAAAAAGUUGGCAGACAAAUGCGAUAACCAGAGCGAAAAAGGGUUUAGCGAGUUUCUCGAGUUUCUUUCUCAUCGCUGUGACACAUUUGAGGCGUGUUUACCUCCCCGCUCAGCCCACACACGUCGUGUCGCUUUGUUGGCAAAUGUUGAUGACAGGAAGAACAAACAAUGCGUCGUUUGCACGGACAAUCACACGCUUUGGCAAUGCGCUCAAUUCAAACAGUUAUCACCGUCGUCACGUCGGGCAGCUGUACAAAAACAAAAGUUAUGUUUUAAUUGCCUUGCCUCUACGCAUUCCGUGCGCUCUUGUCAAUCGAAGCAUAGCUGUAAAAAAUGUAGCUCACGCCACCAUACACUUCUGCAUGAUGAACGGUCUGCCCUCACGCCCUCUUCUACUUCUUUUCCUUCAUCAGCACAAAAUAGUUGGGAUCAAGAUGAGCAAGUAGCUGCUGUCACUACGCAGCGUAUGCACACGCCAACACUAAAGCAAGCAGCGGUCAGCACUUUAACCUCCGUUACUGCUGCUAUGCCUCACACGUUUCUCACAACGGUGGUGGCCGCCGUCGAUGACAAAUGCGGAAAUCGGGUAAGCUGUCGAAUAUUGCUGGACUCUGGAUCAACCAUAUCAUUUGUGUCAGAAGCCUUUGUACAACGUGUCGGUCUAUCACGUACAAACGGUCGUAUAUCAGUUUCUGGUCUAUCAGCCUGCAAUGCCGGAGUAACGCGAGGUCGGGUGUACUUCACUUUAAGCUCCAAAUUGAACGACUCGACACUAGAUAUACACGCUUAUAUUCUCAGCAAGUUAACAUCGCAAAUUCCUGUUCAGACCGUGAAUAUUUCUUCAUCAUCGUGGCGAUCAAUUGUGAAACUACCACUCGCUGACCCUACAUUCGCUGAAUCAGCACCAAUUGAUGUAUUGAUUGGCUCCGAUCAGUUGUGGAGCAUUUACACUGGCGAGCAAAAACAGUUCGGGCCUAACAUGCCGAUUUUGCUGAAUAGCGCGUUUGGUUGGGUGAUAGCUGGAACGCAUUUUACCGAAAGCGAAGCUAACUUAACUGCUGCAACUCAUCAUGCUACCGUUAACAUUGAUGCGCUGUUUCGGUCAUUUAUGGAAGUCGAGGAUGUCAAACCUACACCAGAAAAGAUCAAUAUGGCAGAUCCAGCAGAGGCCCAUUUUGUUCGUACUCACACGCGUCGUACUGACGGUACCUACGUAGUCAAAUAUCCCUUCAAGGAAAAGGCACCGGCAAUUUCAUCAACUCUUUCGCAAGCUGUCACCAGAUUAUAA